AGGCAGACAGCACGUUGGGAAAACACUUUCAAAGAGGCCAAAGGGCUCUUCAUCUGCAGCCAGCAGCUCUCCGCUACAGCGACACUCCUCUGCCGCCUAAACACAGCAGCCAUGACAGAGAGACGUAUUCCUUUCACCCUGCUCCGCACCCCGAGCUGGGACCCAUUCCGGGACUGGCACCAGAACAGCCGCAUUUUCGACCAGGCCUUCGGCAUGCCGGCCCUUCCUGAGGACUUCGCCACAUUCCCCAGCACCCACUGGCCGGGGUACAUCCGGCCUUCCAUCCUGGCCCCAGACAUGGGCUCCAUGAUGACCCACACCCCCAUGAUGACCCACACCCCCAUGAUGUACCCAGGCGCCAUGAUGGCACAGCAGGCUCGUGCCCUGUCCCGCCAGGUGAGCAGCGGAAUGUCAGAGAUCAAGCAGACCCAAGACAGCUGGAAGGUGUCCCUGGAUGUCAACCACUUCUCACCUGAGGAGCUGGUGGUGAAGACCAAGGACGGUGUGGUGGAAAUCACUGGCAAGCACGAGGAGCGGAAGGACGAGCAUGGUUUUGUGUCCAGAACUUUCACCAGGAAAUACACCCUCCCCUCAUCAGCUAACAUUGAGAAGGUGACCUCCUCCCUGUCUCCUGAGGGGGUGCUGACCGUGGAGGCUCCUUUGAUCAUACAGGCCAUCGAGUCCUCAGAGACCACGAUACCUGUCAACGUGGACAAGGGUGGCGUGGUGAAGAAGUAGGAAGAAAAGCAACGCAGUGUCUCCUACACACACACACACACACACACAUUCAAACAAGCACUUUAUUUCUACUAACUUGCUUCUAGAAAGGUGAGGAAGCAGCUUAUCGCUAUUCCUAAAGCAGGCUUGUUCACACGCCAGAGAGAGAAGAAGAAGGGAUUGCGCUUGCUCUUCUCUCUCUCCUCCGUCUCUGGUAAUGAGCCGACCCCAGUUGAGCGCACUGUGUAAACACAUCUGCACCAGUGCCAUAUGCCAGCUCUUUCUGCUGUAAUUACACUCUUCAUCAGAAUGUGGGAAAUCUCUGCUUAGCCCCGCUCACAGCUUUCUUUUUGUUUCUCCCUCACUUACACCCACAUACACCUUUCUCAUUUCUAUUAAGUAAAUCUCCUUCACGCUGCCUCUACAGACACACUAAAGACUACAAUAAAGCAGACUGUAGUAGCAGUGAUCUUGUAAAUUAAAGAACCAAGGUCCCAGGAGAGCACACACACCACCACAAGUGCAGAACAAUGCCUGUUAGCAAUCACACUGUGGUCUCCCUGGACUGGAAAUAGACGGGUUGUAUCUGUAAUUGCCGUUGGAAAAAAACAAUUCAGUCAUGCAAACACAGAAUAAAGAACAAACAACA